AUGGCACUCAAUGGCACGAAUCUAACAGCAUCAACAUCCCAGCUGCCCCAACCAUCCUCCGACUUCAUCGACGGGUUCAUCCCCUACACAAACGGCUUCGAUGAGCCACCAAUCGAGAUUCUCGAACAAGAACUUCCUGUCGUGCUCGAUGGACAAGUACCCCUUGGUGAGGUGGUCUCUAGAGUGGCUCAAGCAUGUUACGCGGAAUUGAGCGAGAUGGCUGAAACCCUCCCAAGCAUGUCAGACAGCGCUCGCAAACGCAAGCUCGCAGACUUCGUAGUGGCUUGGAAGAAACAGAUCGUCAAGCUCUACGCAGUAGCAAAAUGGUCUCGAGACGCCAAUGUUGUUCAGAAAUGCAUGAACAUUACGGCAUUCCUCAUGAAUCAAAAUCGACAAUUUGAAGAUGUAAUCGAGGGCUUGAAAUACGCAAAAUCCAGUCUGGACCCUGCCAGGCUGCGAAAUCAUGACCUUCUUACGUCUUUGGACGUACUUACGACGGGAUCGUAUCGGCGGCUACCUACUGGAAUCAAGAAGGCCAUAGUGCCACCUACCCCUCUGACUGACGAGCAGGUCGCGAAAACGUUAUCAGACAUCGAGUCGCUCAUCCGAUACCGUCUGCGAAUGCGGGAAAUCAUACCCAUCGAGAUGUCCAAAUAUCGAAUACAUGAUGGCCGAGUCUUUUUUCGAGUGCCAAAGUUCUUUGAGAUGUCGUUAUGCCUCCGCGGAGGCAACGAGGACGAUGGCUGGUUUUUCGUCCAUGUCGAAUUUCUUUUCAAUGUAGGCGGUGACCCAACAGGGAUGCAAGAGUUUCCUCAAAAGCCCACUGGAGUUCUCAAACGCCAUAUCACUGACGAAGCAGACGCUCGCCUAGCGUACUACCUUCCCCUCCCUGCUGAUCUGCCACCACCUCCUCCCGGCGUCAACCUUCCGCCAGUACCCCAUCUUCCCGAAGGGACAGUCGACGCACCUCUCGUCCGAGUAUUCAAUUUUCUCCAGAUGAUGUCCAUGUCGUAUCAAUUGGAGAUCCUAUGGUACCAGGCAGAGCGCAUGCGCUCCCUCGGCUGGGCUGACUUCCUCACAGUCGAAAUGAGUCGAGAUCGCAAGACGCUCACAGUCAGCUACUGGAUUCGCAAGCCCCCGCCUAUGAUGCGCACCAAGGUCCCAUUGUUAGGCGGGACUGUCAGCAUCGCGCUGAUGUCCACCCCUGGCCCACGACGCUCGCCAACGGCCCGCGUACUUGCCGAGCUGCAAGAAAAAUCGAAGAUGUCUAGUUCAAGCAAACGACCGUCAGAUCCCGUCGAGGGCAUGCAGUGGCACGUUAAAUGGCAACCAGAACCAGGCGCGUUGGGGGUCAAGAUAUUACCUGAUGACGGGCUCUUGGCCGACGGCGAAGUAGCGGUUGAUGCCAGCGAUCUGGAUUUCGAGCGACUGCUGAGGCAGGUCAUCGAGAAGCACACACGGGCAAUUUUCAGAGUGCUGUACAUGCGACUCCAACGGGGCCCCGUCUUCUCUGUACCAAAUGCAGUCACCGUUUCUGAAAUCGAUGGCCAUAUCGCUUUGAACGUGCAUCUCUGUGCGGACGAACACAUUGUUGUGACCAUCGACCCGCGCACUGGGCGACUCAACGCGCGCGACAUCGGUGAUAUCAGUGCGACGGGGCGUGGUCCACGGUUCGCUGCCUUCUCUAAAAAUCUUAACGAAGAUUCGAGCAUACUGCUUGAAGCACUCAUGCGGCUUCGCAUCCUCACAAUCAUCUCGCUUGCGGAGCAAAAGGCUACCUAUCUUGGUCUGCAGACUCACCGAAACAAGAACUUCCCCAACGAGGAGUUGGUGAAACUAGGCCCUUCAGCCCGUGGCUAUCUAUUCAUCAAACUGACCCCCUUCCCCAAUCACCAUCUGGUGCUCGUCGUCAUGGACGACGACUUCCGGUACGCGCUGAUCAGUGUCAAGGCUGUCUUGAAAGGCAUGUACCAGAAACUCGUCAUGGAGGACAUCGGGUGGUUGAACGUAGAGCGGAUAUGUGCGCAUGGGCGAGAGGUUGACAUUGCUGAGAACGAGGUCAGUUUGGGGAAGCGGAAGAGGGACGCGGGAAUGGACAGCAAGGCAUCCACGAAGUUCAAGUUGGAAACACAGGUCCUUCGAGAGCUCUAUGCCUACUGUUGCGCGCGGGUUGCACACACUAAGGUCGAACAGCAAUUCAAAGCGCGAGGGAUACCUUACAAUCAUAUCUACCCAUCUUCCCCCGCACUGACUCCUUCCCUGCCUGCUUCCCUGGCACACCUACAUUCAGCACUUUCACACAAGAUCCCCGCCCUAUGCGUCAAGUCCUCCGACAUCCUCUCAGGAUCACCUGCCUUUGAAGCUGCUAUGCCCAAUAUCCGCGUCAUACCACUGAGCUGGUGGUCCGUUUCCGCGUCCGCCGGGGUCGUCACCUGUGUGAAGCUGAAGUACGUGCAGCAGCCAGUCGGGCGCCGCGCGCGGCUGGGUAAAGGCGUGAUCAGGCCAUCGAAACGGAUCGUGUACGACGCGAAUGAGGCGGUAGUGUGUUUCUUGUCCGAGAAAGUGGAGGGCUGUGUGGAUGAGUUUUUGGAGGAGUGGGCGAGCGUGUCGAAGAUCGUCGUGAUUGCGCGAGAAGUGGCUGAGAUGGCGAAAGAGAAACGGUGGGAGGAUGUCCGGAUACUGUCCUUUGAUCUUCAAACCAUCGAGUUCGCUUACGCAUCUGACUACACGGUCUCGAUCACCUGCACAGAUCAGCUCAGCGCGACCGGCGGAAGCUAUAAUCUCCACUUCUCGCGCCAACUCCCUCCCUCCCCAAUCAACGCUUCCGGCCCUUCUAUCGCCUCCGGCGGCGCCCUCAACAGCCAUUCAUAUACUUCAACAUCUAACUCGUUUGACGACCUGUUCGAUGCGCAGUCGCCUUCGAGUGGUCGUGCAUUCAACCCGCACUCGGACGCUGUAUCGUUCCUACGGCACAUCUUGCGGCAAGGAAAGCUGUCGGCAACGCUACCGACGCUCGUAGCGCUCCUGCGAGAUACGGUACCCGUCGUGGAAGUCAUUGAAGAAAUCCGUGCGUGGGCAGAACAGAGAAAUAGUCGUGUCGACGUGGACGCGUUUCCGAAGGCCGCGGGGUGGUGGCGCGUGCAGUUUUCAGUCACCCCUAGUGCCGCAUCAGCUCCGGCUUCGGGUGUGAUGAGGCAGCGGUAUGGGCUUGAUAUGCGGCUGAUGAAAGGCGAGCGUGUGGCAAUGCUCGAUGCUGCACGCUCGCUGUUCCUUCCUUUCUCGUCUGCCGCUUCUUCGACAACCGCGCCCGCCAGCUCCUCGUCGCGGCCAGGCGCACUCGGCGCGCUCGUGCUACAGCCCAUUCCGGGCUUCCAGCAAAUAGUGGAGCACGCGCUGCGGGACAUGAAGGGCGCGCGGAUCGCGGUCGUGGAUGUCGCGGUCGUGUGUGCGGUGAAGGAUUUGCGGGCGGUGGGGCGACGGGUUUGGGAGGCCGUAUGCAGGGAGCUGGGAACAGGUGCAAGUGCAAGUGCAGGUGCAAGUGCAGGUACAGCGGCUGGUGCAGUUGGGGGCAUAGGAAUGAGCCCGGGAAAAGCGAAGGCUAAGGGGACAGUCAGAGCUGGUGCCAUUCCAAUGCCCAUACCGGUGGGGAGUCAGGUUGGGUGA